ACGGCCUAAAGGCUCGAAAACUGAUCGAGAGAUCGAGCAACGGAGAGGCAGCGAGAACGCGCUCCAGUUUUAUUAAUCUCUCUUCGCCGCUCUCGCUCCACAGUCAUCAUCUCCCUCGGCUCUUGGGCUCUCCUCUUCAUGCCGGGCCUGGCGCUGGUUCCGGGCUUGCUCUGGGCGUGGGUUUUCCUCGAAUCCCAGCAGCAUUUAGUGAUCGCUGGAGAUUGUCCCUUAAAUUUUAGUUGGGCAAACUUUACACUGGCUGCUUCUGCUUGUUCAAAUCAAGAUGAACGAGGGAAAUGCUGCCGAUAUAUUAAUGCAUUUGUUGCAAUUUCCAUUGCUAAGUAUGCAGCUUCAACAGGCAAACUUGGAGUUCCAUCAGCAUUUUCUGAUAUCUGCCUUACUUCUGUGUCUGAAACUUUCAAGUUAUAUGGAAUUCCAGCUAGUGCUACUGUAGUCUGUGGACUGGGACCCAAAAUUCGAGUUUCUUAUCAGUGCAAGGGGAGAGGAACUGUCUUGGAAAUGAUGCAGUCCCCAAACUUUACUGAUGUCAUUGGAAACUGCAAGGUGCCACUUUCAUUGGACAGCAAUUGCAAGAGGUGCUUAAAUUAUGGCAUCAUGUAUCUUCACCAUCUUAUAAGUGCAGAUGACAAUGUCGCAUUCAGUGUCUGUCGUGAUGCAUUGUUUGUUACACUUGCAAACCAAGGUGACAACUUGUUGGCUGUUGACAUGGCUAGUUGCUUCUUUGGCGUUCAAGGGCUCAACAUUCUCCCAGAGUCAUCUUCCCAAUUACUCACCCCUACAUCUUCUCCAAGUUCUGAUUGUGCUCAAGCUCCCAAUCAACAUCUGAUUAGCAUACCUCUCAGGAAACAUCAGCAAGCCUUUCGGCUCAUGUUAAUCCCAGGAAUUGGAAUUGGGGUUAUAGCAGUGGCAAUUCUAGUACUCCUAAUUUUAGUACCACUAAUCCGUAAGAAAAGUAAGGAACUAAGGAGUGUAGAUGAUCCCAUUGAGGCAUCAUGGAAUGCCUUCCCUCCUACGCAAGUCCGGACAAGUCAAGAAGGUCCAUCACCUGUUUUCCAACGAUUCAGCUACAGGGAAACAACGAAGGCAACGGAGAAUUUCAGUACCGUCAUAGGAAAAGGUGGUUUUGGAACUGUUUAUAAGGCUCAAUUCAGUGACGGUUCCUUAGCUGCCGUGAAACGGAUGGACAAAGUUUCAAAACAAGGUGAGGAUGAAUUUUGCCGAGAAAUGGAGCUUCUUUCCAGACUGCACCAUCGCCAUCUUGUUGCUCUAAAAGGUUUUUGUGUUGAGAGGAAUGAGAGUUUUCUGGUGUAUGAAUACAUGGAAAAUGGAAGCCUAAAGGAUCAUCUUCAUUCACCAGGGAGAAAUCCAUUGAGCUGGAAGACUAGAGUACAAAUUGCCAUUGAUGUAGCCAAUGCUCUGGAGUACCUCCAUUUCUAUUGUGAUCCUCCCCUAUGCCAUAGAGACAUUAAGUCCAGCAAUAUUCUGUUGGAUGAGAACUUUGUAGCGAAGGUUGCUGAUUUUGGUCUUGCACAUGCUUCAAGAUAUGGAGCAAUCAGCUUUGAACCAGUGAACACAGAUAUACGGGGCACUCCAGGGUAUACGGAUCCUGAAUACGUGGUUACUCAAGAGCUGACGGAUAAGAGUGACAUAUACAGCUAUGGUGUGCUAUUAUUGGAGCUCGUCACUGGGAGGAGAGCAAUACAAGAUAGCAAGAAUCUGGUGGAAUGGUCUCAGAAAUUUAUGUCAAAUGAUUCCAAACUACUCGAGUUGGUGGAUCCUGUGAUUGGGGACUCAUUUGACUUUGAACAGCUCCAACUGAUUGUAGGGAUCAUACAGUGGUGCACCCAAAGAGAAGGGCGAGCAAGGCCAUCGAUCAAACAAGUACUCAGAAUUCUCUCUGAGAGAUUUGAUCCGGUGCACAAUGGCUUUGGACAACUUGCGGAAGAUGAAGGCAGCAAGGAUGUUGGGGAAGGUAGUAGUAAAGUGAGCAUGCAAGGAAAUAAAUUGAUUCCUUAUAGUGGUGAUGCAAGGUGUCUUCAAUCUUCUUCCGGUACUUCAAGAUCCUGCUGUAGCCAGAGUGUCUUGCUCGAGAGUGGUUCCCCACAAUCUCCUCCUGGCCUUGACUCUCGUUAAUUUUAUUUUUUUUCUCAAUCUUGAGUUCUUUCUAAGUGUUUGAUGUUAUUUUGCAACCAGCCUGUUUAAGAAAUCAAACGAUCCAUAGGGAUGUGAUGAAGAAGCGUGACCAGCUGUGGUUUUCCAGUG